AUGAAAGAAAUACGUACCUCUGCUAUAGUUGCUGCUAAACUUAAACAAUGGGAUAUAACUGUUACCGAAGGAGUGGGCACUAUGGGUGUAGUCGGCACAUUGAAAAGUAACACACCAGGUAAUCAUUCUAUUGGACUGCGUGCUGAUAUGGAUGCUCUUUCAAUCAUUGAGAAGAACAAUGUAUCUUAUGUUUCCACGAUUCCUGGUAUCAUGCAUGCUUGUGGUCAUGACGGACAUACUACAAUGUUACUUGGUGCGGCUAAAUACUUGGCAGAAAAUCGAGAUUCAUUUUCUGGAACUGUUUACUUUAUUUUUCAACCUGCUGAAGAAAAAGACGAUGGCGCCCUUCGCAUGAUUAACGAUAAAUUGUUUCACCGAUUUCCAAUGGACGCGAUCUACGGACUACAUAAUCUUCCAGGUAUACCGGUUGGACAAUUUGUCAUUCGAUCGGGUCCAAUGAUGGCAGCAGCUGAUAGUUGGGUUGUUACAUUUCGAGGUACCGGUGGCCAUGGUGCUCUGCCACAUCUAGCAACCGAUGUGACUGUGCUGUUAGCAGAAUUCAUUCUAUCAUUGCAGACAAUUGUUAGUCGUAAUAUUGCACCGACAGAUCCAGCUGUGAUAAGUGUUGGCGCUAUUCAAAGUGGAUUUUUCCAAUCAUUGAAUGUGUUACCAUCAGAAAUUCGUGUUGGUGGUACUUCCCGUAGUUUUACGAAAGACGUGCGAGAUACAAUCGAACGACGCAUGAAAGAGCUGGCACAUGGUCUUGCCACUGGCUUUGAGUGCACAGCUGAAGUUAUAUUUAAUAGAGAAGGGUUUCCACUUGUCAAUGAUGCUCAGUCUACAAAAAACGCCAUUAGAGCAGUUGAAAGUCUCGUAGGCGCCGAAAACGUCGAUGGAAACACACCGCUAAUGAUGGGCGCAGAAGAUUUUGCUGAAAUGCUCGAACGAAAAUCGGGUGCCUUUAUGUUUAUCGGGAAUGGAAACCAAUCUGGUGCACUUCAUUCGCCAACGUACAACUUCGACGAUGAUGCUUUGAUUUUUGGUGUCGGUUAUUGGGUUAGUCUGGUACAACAAGAACUUCAAAAUGAAUUUCGUGUAUCUGCGCUGUAA